AUGUCCAACCACCAACAAUCCCCCCCCUCCCGCUCUCACGACCCCUCCAACAACCAGAAGCGCGCCGAUCCGUUCCAAUUCGGCUCCCGAUACCUAGAAGAGGGUGAUAACGUUUUCGAGUUCAAUGCCUGGGACCACGUUGAGCCUGACGACGAAUUCAAAGCUUUCGCCGAAGUUCAAUAUGAGAAGCAGCGCGCUGCGCCCGUCUCCGACUUCGACCAGAAUCGUUUCAACAAUGACCCCGCCAAGUGGUGGAAUUUGUUCUACAAGAACAACACCGACAACUUUUUCAAGGAUCGCAAGUGGCUGCAGCAGGAGUUCCCGGUGCUGGCCGAGGUGACGAAGAAGGAUGCCGGCCCCCAGGUCGUGCUGGAGGUUGGCGCUGGAGCGGGCAACACUGCGUUCCCCCUGAUUCGGAACAAUGAGAACGAGCAAUUGAAGGUGCAUGCCUGUGAUUUCUCGAAGUAUGCUGUGCAGGUCAUGCGGGAGAGUGACCAGUAUAAUCCGAAGUAUAUGGUCGCCGAUGUCUGGGACGCUGCUGCUGUGCCCGACGAGAAUGGAGACUCUUUGCCGCCUGGUCUGACUGAGGGCUCUGUCGAUGUCAUCAUUCUGAUCUUUAUCUUCUCCGCGCUGAACCCUAACCAGUGGGAUCUUGCCCUACGCAAUAUCUACCGUCUCUUGAAGCCCGGCGGUCAGGUCCUGUUCCGUGAUUAUGGACGUGGAGAUCUGGCGCAGGUGCGCUUUAAGAAGGGCCGCUAUAUGCAGGAGAACUUUUAUGUUCGCGGUGACGGUACCCGCGUUUACUUCUUCGACCAUGAUGAGUUGGUCCAGAUGUGGGGUCGGUGGACACCGGAGAAGGGUCUACAGGUCGAUUUGGAGAACCCUUUUUCCGAGUCUCAGCUUGCGGAGGGCAAUACCUCAUUCGAGGUCAAGCAUCUGGGAGCCGAUCGACGUCUCAUUGUGAACCGCUCCACCAAGCUUAAGAUGUACCGCUGCUGGAUGCAGGGUCAUUUCCGCAAGCGUGGCGGCGAUGUUGCUAGUGCUGAGAAUGCCGAGUGA